CCAACAUGGGCAACACAGUCGACCCCACGAAGGACAAAAUCAACGCUGCCAUCGCCACAGGUCAAGGAGUGGUAGACUCGAAGAACCGCCCUCCCAUCCCGCCACCCAGCCAAGUAAUCUCCCUCCGCAUCUACCCCAUCAAGUCCUGCCGCGGAAUUGAAAUCGACUCAACACGCCUCAAAAAAUCCGGCCUCACCCUUGACCGAAACUGGAUGUUCGUUAACAAAGCCGACAAGAAAUUCCUCACAAUCCGUGGCGACCCGUCCAUGACACUAAUCGACACCAACAUAAUCGAAGGCAAAGACGAGUUCAAAGGUCAACAAAUGCUCGAAAUCUCCAUUCACGGCCGCGACAGUCGCGUCGUCGUCCCCGCCUUCCCUACCCAAACCUGGCUCCAAAAGAACACAACGUUGGAAACCGUCAACAUUUGGGACCAAGACACAGACGGCUACCUCUACUCCGACGAAAUCAAUUCCAUCUUCACCGACUUCUUCUCCAAACCCGUCGCACUAGUCUACAAAGGUCCCACGUCCCGCAUGGUAGCCAUCAACGGCCGCAAAGAACUCUACGGCCAAGAAACCCCCCACCAUUUCGCAGACGUCAUGUCCCUACAAAUCGCUUCCGAGGCAUCCCUCAAAGACCUCAACAAACGCCUCCAUCUCCCCUCAGAAACCGAAGACGCGCUGACAAUCGAACGUUUCCGUCCCAACAUCAUCAUCCGCGGCCGAGACUCCCAUCCUUGGGAAGAAGACACCUGGAAGCGCAUCCGCAUCAACACGUCCAUCCCGGCCGAAGAAGCUUUGUAUAAAAUCGAUCUCGACGUCGUGGCGCGCUGUGCGAGAUGUCAGGUGCCGAACGUGAACCCUGAGACUGCGGAGAAGAAUCCCACACAGCCUUGGGAUACGUUGAUGGAGUUUCGGAGGGUUGAUGAGGGGGGUCCGGCCAAGUGGAAGCCUUGUUUUGGCAUGAUGUGUCUCCCGAAGAGUGAGGGCAAGAUUGCGGUUGGGGCGGAAUUAGAGGUUUUGGAGACGACGGAUCGGCAUUUGUAUAAUGUGAGAGCGUUUGAGGAGUUGUGAGGAUGCAUAUGAAUAUGAGGGAGGGAGGGAGGGAGGGAAUGGGCGUUGGAUGUAGAUUUAGUUAGUGAUCGAGUGAGAUAUAUAUACGACAGUGGUGAAUGAAAGCUGCGCAUGCGCAGAUUAGAG